UGAGUUGUAAAAUUUAUUUAUAAAUAUCAUUAUUUGUAAGUAAUAAUCUGGGAAACUCUAUUCCAAUAAUCCUGGCUUAAAUCUUUGUAGAACCUGGUGUGUGAAAUUUUGAAAGGGAAAAUAAAAUAAACGGAAAAGAAUGAAAAAGAGUAAAUGGUAAAUGAAAACUGGAAAAUGAAAGGCAGCCGAACGCGAUUUGCGCAUGCUCAUUGUAUUAGAGCAAAGCUGUGUGCUUUAUCAGUUUAAAAAUGGCUGGAAACUCGAUCUUUUACAAGAAAUAUGUUGAAUAAAAGCUUUCGCCUGUCGUUUGCUCCUGCGUAUAAUGAAAGCCUUGAUCAUAAUGCUGUCAUAGAAUGGAAAAACGGGGCGAUCCCAGCAAGAAAAAUGAUGAAAGUUCGUCCGAUAACACAGGAGACAGCGAUAAAUCGCUUCGACUUUUCAGAUCUUCAGUUCAAACAACCCAAAGGUUGGAUACUCAACUGAAGUCCUGCAAUUCUUGGAAAGAAUUGUUUAACUCUGAAGUAGUUUUACGGCGGCAGAGACUUCGUGAAAAUUGUGAACUGCUGUUGUUCACGUACUCAGAGGAUUAUGGUCGAAAAGCUGAAGAACUCCUGUGGAGAAAGUGUUUUUAUGACCUUAUACAAAAACUGAAAUAUUUUCGAAAGAAAUAUGACAAAGACCUUGAGCUAUUGUUUGCUUAUCGUUCACACCUGCUUUCUGCAAUGACUUUUUACCAUCAUCUUCUUGUUGAACUACAAAAUGUCUCUGAUGUCAAUUUGGCCGCUUAUUUUGACUGGAUUCCUUUUGUAUCAGGAUUUGGUCAUCGAUCAGAGAAGGCAAAAGGGAAAAGCAAUGAAUCGUGGAUUUUGGGUACCUGUCAAAGAACAUUGAUAUAUCUUGGAGACUUGGCACGAUACCAGCAGGAAUUUGAUGGAAAGUUGAGCACAGAGAUGGCAGAAAGGUUUUAUCAUCAAGCCAUUUAUAUCAAUCCUGAUUUAGGUAUGCCACACAACCAACUUGGCACGUUGUUCUGGACUCAUCGAUACGGUUGUAGAGCGGCGUAUUACUACAUGAGAUGUUUGAUGUCGGGUUCGCCGUUUGAAGGAACGGAGGGUAACCUCCUUCGACUCUUUGAUGAAAAUCACAACACGUUAAAACAACAACAGCAAGCAUUGGUCGCUGAGCUGGCUGAGAGUAAAGUUAGGUUAACAGCGUCAAGUCGUUUUCUCACUCAAUUUCUGUACCUUCAAGAAAUAUUUUACAAAUCAAUAGCUUUACCACAAGAAGACUACGAAAGGCUUUGUAAUUUCAUUCUACAAGAACUCGAUAUGUCAUUAAACCACACGCAGGACACUCUCAACAAAACACUGAAUGACGACUCCAAGAACAAGGACGUUAAACCAACCACUUUCAAAGAAGAAAUUGAAGAGAAAUCCAGUGAAGAUUUGAUGGAUGGAAGGACAUUAUUAGAGGCACAAUCAUUGCUGAUAAUGGCGAUUACGCGCAUGAAAAUAAAAGGAUCGUCCCAAUUACAACAUGGCUGUUCAUUUUUUAUGAAAUUUCUGACAGAGAUAAUCCGUCAUUGCGUCUCCAAUAUGGAGGCAUCGCAAGCUGCUGACGCGGUUGCCAAGCAACCAGGCGCCAACGGUCUCGUUCAAAAUGGUUUCAUCCGGGAUGGCAAGGACACGAUAGGACACAGAGAGGAUGAUAAGAUCUUGAAGGCUAAGAUGUUUAAGAGGAAGCUGCUGACACAAAGACGUCGCAGGCGUCGUCGUAGUACGCUGAGCGAUAGUGACGACGGCUCAAGUAGUGAAGAUGAUCAGGGGGGUAUGGACAGCGAUCUCAGUGAAGGGGAAUUGGAUGGUUUGUUGAACGAGACAUACAGUGAUGAUGAGGAGAGUGAAUUGUCAAGUCUGUCUGGCGACGAGGACGGUGAAGAGAAAAAAAAGGCUGUUGUUAAUGGUGGAAAUUGUAGAGAUUUCGUUCUACCAAAGAGUAUUCAUAAUCGUCAUCAUUUCCUGACAAACCUUGUGAAGGAAGAUUUACUGAUGGUGGUCAAGCUCUGUCUUGAGUGGUUGAGAGUCAAUCCUGAAGUCACAGAUUGUAAGGAUUCUGCUGCCAUGUUUACCCAGCUCGUGCAAAUGCUGAAUCUUCUUCCAAAACAAGAAGAGUUGUGUCGUAUAGCGAAGUCAAAAGGUAGUGUCUUACAUGACGUAGUUGAUGAAAAAGUUGAUGAGACCUGGGUUCAAGUGAAGGCGUUGCGUGAAGAUAUUUCAUUGCUCGGUUUCACGCCCCUGGUUGAGCUACACGGUCGCUUGAAUAUUAGCUGGAAUAAAAACGUGAAAUACAGAAAACUACUGGAGACCGCUGUUCGAGUUCAAAGUAUAAAAGCUGGCGCAUCAUUUCUCGCCUCAUUGGAGUCUGUGUGCUUGAUGUACGACAGCAAGUCUGGUGUGUAUUCUGUAUCAAAACAUUCUGCUACCAACGGAGACGCGAAAGAAACGAAAUCUGUGGCAAAGGAGGAAAACCAGCGUCGUGCCAAGCUCAUGCAGACCAUGGCCAAGCAGCGUCUUCAGUCUGAGGUGGCUGAUUUAGAAAGCAAAGUGAAAUCCCAGUCAGUGUCUCCCAGUCCGUAUUUGAUUCCUGAUGCUCCGACACUCUGUACGCAACUUCACGUGCUGAGGCAACUUGUGACGACCAAAAAGUUUGUGAUUGUUGUUCCCGUCCAAGUGAUUCAAGCGUUGGAUGAAUUGAAGAAAUUUAACCCAGGCGCAAGGGAAGCCAUCAAAUUUCUCGAACAGGAAUUGAAGAAAGGGAACAGAUGGAUACGUGCUCAGAAAGAAAACGAGACCACUUCUCGUUCACAGAAACGCACUAAACAGGAAGAGGUGUCAGUCUGGCGUUUUCACCAAGUUGUCAACUGUUGUCUUUAUUUCACUGAGCAAUCAGGACCAGGCUUGGUUACAUUGCUGACAGAUGAUGGGGAUAUUGACUCCUUGAAGAAAAGACCUGGUCGGGGAAAUGCAGCUAUUGCGGUGGGAACUAAAGCCUCACCCCAGGCCCUUGAACUGGCGCUGAAAAAUGACGUGAAUGUACAGUCGAUAAAGUCGUUCCGAGCACAGUGGGUCGGAAAAAAUUCGGUUACGUAACUCUCCGAUUCAAAGAUGAUGAUCUAUUAUAAUAGAGGUGUUUAAUUACGAAGCCCAAUCGACAUUCUCCGACGAUCGCCCGAAGUGUGCCGACCCUGGUAAGAAAAUAGUGUGUGGAGAUUCAAGUCUCACUAGCAAAGGUAAAUUUAGAGUAUCCCACUUCUGUCACCGGAACUAUUAUCCCUCCGGAAAAUUUGUUACCGGGGUAAGAUACCCUACCAUCAGAAUUUGCGCCUAUCGAAGGAUAAAUUUUAGUACGGAGCAGCAUGUGAUUAGAAUUUAUUUGGCGAUUUAACUACGGAUAAUUUUACCAACGGAGAAUUGUACCAUAUGGGAAGUGUGCCCCAAGGAACCAUCGGAAAUAUACGGCCGGAACUUUUUAUGGCCCCACGAGUUGAACAACUUCAAGAUAAUUGGAUGAAACUGAUCUGAUGAUCAUCGUUAUUGAUUACAUCGGACCAUACUCAUCGAUUAUAUAAUUUCACAAACGUAUUCAUUAUCGUAAGUAUAUAAUAUAUUCAUGUCGAGUUAGUCUGUAUCGUUUAUGUAUCAUGUGAUAUUCUGUAAGUCAUUAGGAAAGUUAGUGAUCUCUGGUAUUGCAAUUGUAAGAAUAAUGAGCUAGCAAUACAAUAUCGUAGUUAUAAAUGAAAACAAAUGGUUAGUUUAGUCAUCAAUUGAUAGUAUAGUCUCUAGAAAACAUCUCAAAAACAACAGUAAGCUGAAUACAAUAGAUACGCAAUAGAGAUUUUGAGUAAUGCAAAGGCUUUUUCAUAGAAAAGUGCAGGUAGCUUUAACGUCGCAUAAACACUCUAAGCAAAAAGUUGAAGUAGGAAAAAAAAUACGAGUUUAAUUUAAGUUGUAAAGUGGCUGUAUUUGAAACAUUUCAAGAAUAUAUGUAUGUCAACAUCUUGUACCUGGUAAGGUUAUUGAUUGUAAAUCAUUUGAAGACGAAUCGACAUUUUAAUUUGUCGCCUGAAGGACACAUGUGAGGUAUUGUCCCAAAGAGGUUAUUUCCUGUUUCUUGGAACAAACACGGCAUAUGGUCUUGUUUAAGGAUUGAAUAAACACGAUCUAAGUUUCCUAAUUAGCAGGACAUGCAUUCUUAAUUUGUUUAGUAAGAAAUGAUUUCGUGAUUUGUUUAUUGAACGCUAGUGGGUUGUAAGGAAGUGGCGGUGUAAUAAAUCUGCCGCAAAAUUGUAUUGAGUGAGUGAUUUUUUUUACUUACUGACGUGAAAAUGAACCAAGUUACGUGCACGGCAAAAAUGUCUCAUUUUUGCGGUUUGUUUUGGCGGAUUUUUUACACGGUAUACAACGUAAGUCUUUAAUAAUUACAAUUGUGGAGGGCUGGCCAACUAUUGCAGACUAUGACGAAUAAAAAGAAGUUUAGGAUUUAAGUAAAUUUGAGUUAACCGGUAGUAUAUGCAUAAACAAUAUUAUCAGUAAUAUUAUCAGUAUUUGUAUCAUUGUAAUUAUGUAACCAUUUCAUGUCACGUUUAAAUAAAUGCUUAAAAAUA